AUGCUUCGAGAAGCAACAAAGCUCCCUACCCCCACUGCCAUGCCCUUUCCCUUCCCCCACUGCCAUAUCCUCCCCUCCCCCUAUGCCAUAUCCUCCCUACCCCUAGUACCAUAUCCUCCCUUCCCCCUAAGCAAAAUCCUCCCUACCCCCACUGCCAUAUCCUCCCUUCCCCCUAUGCCAUAUCCUCCCUACCCCCACUGCCAUAUCCUCCCUUCCCCCUGCGCCAUAUCCUCCCUCCCCCCACUCCCAUAUCCUCCCUUCCCCUAUGCCGUAUCCUCCCUUCCGCUACUGCCAUUUCCUCCCUACCCCCAUCGAUAUAUCCCCCAAAGCCAUAUCCUCCCUUCCCCCUCUGCCAUAUCAUUCCUACCCUCACUGCCAUAUCCCCCUACCCCCACUGCCAUGCCCUUUCCCUUCCCCCACUCCCAUAACCUCCCUUCAACCUAUGCCAUAUCCUCCCUAUCCCCACUGCCCCAUAUCCUCCAUUCCUCCUCUGCCAUAUCUUCCCUCCCCCCGCUGAAAUAUCCUCCCUUCCCCCACUGCGCCUCUGUUCCCCCACUGCCAUAUCUUUCCUUCCCCCACUGCCAUACCCUCCCUUUCCCCUAUGCCGUAUCCUCCCUUCCCCUACUGCCAUUUCCUCUCUACCCCCACUGCUAUAGCCCCCAAAGCCAUAUCCUCCCUUCCCCCUCUGCCAUAUACUCCCUACCCUCACUACCAUAUCCUCCCUGCCCUCACUGCCAUGCCCUUUCCCUUCCCCCACUCCCAUAUCCUCCCUCCAACCUAUGA